AAAAAUGUCUGAAGCAUUACAGUCAACGCCUACCUGUCUAUUUGUGUUCUUCCUUUCAUAAAUUAAUUUAAUUUUGUAUAUAAAUUAAAUGCAUUAUAUUUCUGCAUCCUCAAUUCCUUCUAGUCUUCCGCUCAAUAAUCCCGAAGCGAUCCCCAAUACGAUUCCGAUCUGAGAUUCUCUUUACCAGUUACAGGCAAUAAUGGUGGAUUCUAAUUCCGAGACUGCGUUCUUGGCCGAGGAUUUCCAAAUUCCUACUUACAUACUAAAACCUGAAUCAGAGGUUGUGACUGCCCCCAAUGUGCCCGCAUGUCCAGUGAUAGUGUUCAUCAAUUCCCAGAGUGGCGGACAGCUGGGUGGGAAUCUUCUUGUUACAUUCCGUAGUCUUCUCAAUGAAAAUCAGGUUUUUGAUUUGGGAGAUGAGGCUCCUGAUAAGGUGCUGCGCAAGAUCUACGUGAACCUAGAAAAGCUUAAGCUUAAUGGAGAUGAGUUUGCAGGGAACAUUGAGAAGCACUUGAGACUAAUUGUUGCAGGUGGUGAUGGAACAGCUGGCUGGCUUCUUGGAGUUGUUUGUGAUCUGAAAUUAUCUCAUUCACCACCAAUUGCUACAGUUCCCUUGGGAACAGGAAAUAAUCUUCCAUUUGCAUUUGGAUGGGGAAAGAAGAAUCCUGGGACAGAUGAUCAUGCUGUUAAAUCAUUUUUGGGUCAAGUAAAGAAAGCCAAGGAAAUGAAAAUAGACAAUUGGCAUAUUCUCAUGAGGAUGAAAGCUCCAAAAGAAGGCUCCUGUGAUCCCAUAGCACCUCUUGAGCUACCACAUUCUUUGCAUGCGGUUCAUCGUGUCUCCGAGGCAGAUGAAAUGAAUUUGGAAGGUUUCCACACAUUUCGCGGAGGAUUUUGGAACUACUUUAGCAUGGGAAUGGAUGCUCAAGUUUCAUACGCUUUUCAUUCCGAGCGAAAGUUGCAUCCUGAAAAAUUUAAGAACCAGUUAAUUAAUCAGGGUACUUAUGCCAAGCUUGGAUGUACACAAGGAUGGUUUGCUGCUUCUCUUUUUCAUCCUUCUUCCCGGAGUGUGGCUCACCUUGCAAAAGUACGCAUCCUGACAAAGAAGGGUCAGUGGCAAGAACUCCAUAUACCUAACAGCAUCAGGUCUAUAGUUUGUCUGAACUUGCCUAGCUUCUCUGGUGGACUAAAUCCUUGGGGAACACCAAAUCAGAAGAAAAAGCGUGAUAGGGAUUUAACUCCUCCAUUUGUUGAUGAUGGCCUUCUGGAGAUUGUUGGGUUUAGAGAUGCUUGGCAUGGGCUUGUUUUGCUUGCUCCAAAAGGACACGGGACUCGUCUUGCUCAGGCACACCGAAUCCGCUUUGAGUUCCACAAAGGGGCAAGUGAUCAUACGUUCAUGAGGAUUGAUGGGGAACCCUGGAAGCAACCCCUCCCAGUUGAUGAUGAUACUGUCGUGGUAGAAAUCUCUCACCUUGGCCAAGUGAAUAUGCUUGCAACUGAGAAUUGUAGGUCUAGAAGCGUCCAUGAUCCCACAACACCUAGCCAUGACGAUGCUGAGGAAGAAAAUGAUAGCAAUGAAGAGGACCCUAUAGAAGACGAGGAAGCGUUCAAGAAGUUUGGUGCUGCAGACACAUUCAAGAUCCCCGACGGGGUUGAUAUUUCCCAUCUAAGCUAAAACCUUUCAAUUUCUUCACCAAUGGCUUCAAUCAUCAAUCGUGACCUUUCUGCAGUCAGCAUUUUGUCGAGUCUUGGAGUUCCAGUACGGUUUCAAGUUCUAGCUCUUCUAUGAUGGCUUCAUUACAAAUUUGAUGUCAAGUGGAACGGCAUUCACAAUUUGAGGGCCAGGAGGGUUGUUGGUUGAGGGGACAAUUCCUUUAUAUUAGGAAAUAAGAAAUGCCAUAAUGGUUUAUAUGAUUUUUAGUUAUUGCAAGUGCUCAAUUCAUAUGGUUAUCUUGUGCCUUUGUAAUAAAGUAAUAAAAGCGUGCAAUCUCCCUUGAUGCAGUUGUAACUAUGUUUAUACAUGGUGGAGUGAUGAACAAAUGUGGAUUGGUGUUAUUCUUUUCAAAUGAGAAUGGAUUAUGGAUGAGUUCUCUCUCUC